UAUGUCAAAUGACGAUGCCGUUCGCGUUUUACGAGAAGUUGUCCAGAAACCUAGCCCAAUCAAACUUGUAGUCGCCAAGUGUUGGUAUCCUAAUCCAAAAGGAUAUUUCACUAUACCCCGUACGGAACCCGUUCGCCCUAUUGAUCCCGGUGCGUGGGUUGCUCACACGGAAGCAGCAAGAGGUGAUUCUCGUAUUUUAAAUCAUAAAUUGGCAACCAACAACAAAUCUAACGUCAUAUUAGGUUGAUCACAGUACCCGAAUCGUCCGC